UCGUGUCCGCCGCAGACACGGAUCCUGUGAGUCGUGCACAACUUGUGGAUCCGCUCAGGCUCGUUCAGGGCUGAUGUGGAGACGUCAGGAAGGUUUGGUGUUGAAAAGGCUGCAGCGCGACACAAACGUCUCCCCCUGAGUGUGAGAGAGUCGCGGAUGGAUGAAGUGAUGACGGAGCCCUGAGCCACAGUGAGAGAGCGUGCACACACACGUCAGCUCGGGGAGGGCAAAGCCUGCUUAAAAUGCAGUGAAUGUGACAGCAGAGUCCAGACGACAGCGGCGUGUGGACGGAAAGGUGAGCGUGAAAAGUGCGGGUGGGGGGGCACGAACAUGUCAGAGGAACCGGUCCAUCCGCAGACGUGACGCCGGCACCGGGAGGACACAGAGGGGGACGCGCGGAGACGCUCGGCUGCUUCCCAAAUACGCGCGGAGGAGUCGGAGGGGACGUGAGAGGACCGAGGUGCGGGGAGCGUCGCCCUCGUCUCGGGGGGUGGGGGGAAGAUGACAGUGGUGCCCGGAGAGAACCUGGAUGAGACUGUGGCACUGGCCGCGCUGUCCGCCCAGGAUGUGUACGACCCGGAGCGAGCCGAGAACCAGGAGUGCUGCGAGCGGGUGGUCAUCAACAUCUCCGGGCUGCGCUUCGAGACGCAGCUGAAGACGCUCGCCCAGUUCCCGUGCACGUUGCUCGGGGACCCGCGCAAGAGGAUGCGCUUCUUCGACCCGCUGAGGAACGAGUACUUCUUCGACAGGAACCGACCCAGCUUCGAUGCCAUCCUCUAUUACUACCAGUCCGGGGGGCGGCUCCGGAGACCCGUCAACGUGCCAGUGGACAUUUUCAUGGAGGAGAUUAAAUUUUACGAACUUGGGGAGGAGGUGAUUGAGAAUUUCAAGGAGGAUGAGGGGUUCAUCAAGGAGGAGGAGCGCCCGCUGCCAGAGAACGAGUUCCAGCGGCAGGUCUGGCUCCUGUUCGAGUACCCGGAGAGCUCCGGACCCGCCCGGGGCAUCGCCAUCGUGUCCGUGCUCGUCAUCCUCAUCUCCAUUGUGAUUUUCUGCCUGGAGACUUUACCGGAGUUCAGAGAGGAGGCCCGGACGUUAGACGAGCACCUGCUGGUGAACGGAACCGCGCGCGUAAAGAAGCCAAACCCGUUCACAGACCCGUUCUUCAUCGUGGAGACUCUCUGCAUCAUCUGGUUCUCUUUCGAGCUGCUCGUCCGGUUCCUGGCGUGUCCGAGCAAACCCGCGUUCUUCAAGAACAUCAUGAACACCAUCGACAUCGUGGCCAUCAUGCCCUACUUCAUCACCCUGGGGCUGGAGCUGGCCGAGCACCAGGGCAACGGGCAGCAGGCCAUGUCCCUGGCCAUCCUGAGGGUCAUCCGCCUGGUGCGGGUCUUCAGGAUCUUCAAGCUCUCCAGACACUCCAAGGGGCUCCAGAUC